CCAGGCGACGGCGCAGAAGAGAAGGAACCUCCGACAGAAAUGUCUUCGCUACCGGACGGAAAGAAGCUCGUCCGAAGUCCUAGCGGUCUUCGAAUGGUGCCAGAAAACGGUGCCUUUAACAGCCCUUUCUCUCUAGUAGAGCCACAGUGGGUCCCGGAUAAAGAGUGUCCAAGAUGUAUGCAGUGUGACACUAAGUUCGACUUCAUCAGAAGAAAGCACCACUGCCGGCGGUGCGGCCGCUGCUUCUGUGAUAAGUGCUGCAGUAAGAAGGUGGCGCUGCCCCGCAUGUGCUUCGUAGACCCGGUGAGACAGUGUGCUGAGUGCAGCCUGGCCUCGCAGAAGGAGAUGGAGUUUUACGAGAAGCAGCUCAAGGUGCUUCUGGGAGGCGGCACCUUCGUUGUCACUUUGGGGACGUCAGAGAAGACUGAGACCACGACGUGCCGUCUCUCCAACAACCACAGGUACCUGUUCCUGGACGGGGAGAGUCACUUCGAGGUGGAGCUGUCUCGGAUCUCCAGCAUGCAGAUUUUGACCGACGGCACGAGUCCAGGAGAGAAUGACAUUCACACUUACACCAGUCUGCUGGACAGUCCCUUCAUCUCUGAAGGAGGGACGUCGCGAGCCAGCGGCAUGCUGCUCCACUACAAGCCCAUGGGCUCUCAGGACGUGCAGCAGCUGCGCAUGGAGGCUGCAGACGACAAGAAGGUGGCCUCGCUGUGGCUGGCUGCAAUGCACAAGGCAGCCAAACUGCUGUAUGAAGCCCGGGACCAGUGACCGGCGGGCCGGACCCCGGGCCCCGGGCCCCGGACCAGCACCCCGCACACACACCCAAGUGUUCUGACCCGCGCCAGCGGGCCUCGGUAUCGUUUGGAUUUUAUUAACAGCCGUAAAGAUUCUGCUUUUCCGUCUGAGUCCUCGUUGAUUCUUGAGACCAGUUCUUGUCAUAGAAGCGUUUAUAUGAAAACACUUUAUUACCUCAAUAACCAUUACUUUGUACAUAGUGUUCACCACAAGUAGGUUGGUCUUUUCUUAUUUUACAUGGCUUAUUUUUUACCUUCUUUGAUUUAAAGAGCAAAUGGUUCCACAUAAGAAUGUAACACAACAAUAAAAAAAAAAGUUUGUUGACACGGGAUACUUUAACUUCAAGCCCUAAGUUUUGUCAUAUAAAAAAAACUAAAAGUUUGAAGUUAACUCCAGAUUGCACCUUUCAUAACAUUUAACACAUAAUCCAAGAAAAAUAAGAUACUUUUUAUAUGCUGCUCUUUACUUCUGUUUUUGUGUCAACAAAGAUUUUAUUUCAGUUUGGAGGCGACGAACCAAGUAGAGACGCAACCCAGAUCUUCCCCCCUGAACUCUGCAGGACAGAUAGCUUUUAAAACAAACAGAAAUGA